UAUCUUUACGCAACACUGAAUUCCGGACCCUGAUUUAUUUCGACUGUCUAAUACGAGUGCGUCAGCCGCCCGGCCAUGCGCACGCAAGUUUUGCAAGCCAGGGCCCCCCGGCCCGCCGCGUGCCGCAUCCGUGCUCAGCGGUCAUCACGAGCUGCAUUGCGGCCGGUGGCGGCCAUGGCACUGCCGGCAGACUUUAAGGACUCGUACGUGGACCUGGCGCACAGCCUGGCUGACGCCGCGGCGCAGGUCACCCGGAAGUACUUUCGCACGUCGUUUGACGUGGAAUGCAAGAGCGACGACAGUCCAGUGACCAUUGCCGACAAGCAGGCGGAGGUCGCGAUGCGGGAAAUCAUCGAGCGGACCGUGCCGGAGCACGGCAUCUUUGGGGAGGAGCACGGACUCAAGUGGGGCAGCGGCGCGGGCUCCAAGUACAUGUGGGUCCUCGACCCCAUCGACGGCACCAAGAGCUUCAUCACGGGCAAGCCCCUGUUCGGCACGCUCAUAUCGCUGGUGUACGAGGGCAGCCCCAUCCUGGGCAUCAUCGAUCAGCCCAUUACCAAGGAGCGGUGGCUUGGCGUUGUCGGUCGGCCUACGACCCUAAACGGCCAGCCGCUGCGCACGCGGCCGUGUCCGGACGUCAAGCUUGCGUACCUGUACGCGACCACGCCCCACAUGUUCUCAGGCGAGAGCGAGGUGGCGUUCAACCGGCUGCGCGACAGCGUGCGCAUCCCCAUGUACGGCUGCGACUGCUACGCCUACGGGCUGCUGGCUGCGGGCCACGCAGACCUGGUGGUGGAGGCCGACCUCAAGCCCUACGACUACAUGGCCCUGGUGCCCGUGGUGCAGGGUGCCGGCGGCGUCAUGUCGGACUGGCGCGGGCGGCCACUGGUGUGGCAGCCCACCCCGGGCGCCGUCGACCUCAAGUCGGGCUGGCCCGGCGAGGUGUGCGCGGCCGGCGACCCCGCCCUGCACAAGAAGGCGAUUGACAUCCUGGCCUGGAAGCACUGAGCAGCGUGCUAUGUAUGCGGGCAGGCUGGGGUGGAGUGAGCGAGGUUGAGGACAAGAGCGUGGAGCGGCGGUGAUGGAAGCAAACGUGUGGACUGCGGGCCGAGGAGGCGGUAUGAGAGCUGAGGGCGCGGUGGCUGUGGCAGCAGGAAUGCGUGCGGACGGGGUGGGAGCGGACGUGAUUGCGGCUGCUGGGACAUGUAAAAGGCAUAUGUUGGAGGUAUGGCAGCGGGUCGCAGAUCGUGGGCAGGUGGAUUGCUCUCGUGCCUGAUGGGCUGACACUGGAGGCCGUGACAGGGGCAGGAAGGAAAGGAGUGCGAGGUGUAAGACAAUGGUGAAACUGACGCACAGCAGUCGUAAAGCGCCUACCUGGUGCUUCUAUGGUAUGGGCGACUGAAUAGCAAAUGUCAAU